AUGGGUAGUGUUUCUUCACAUGCAGCAUAAGAUGAGAAUGGUAACCUAAGUAGUCUUCCUAUGCAUUUAAGGAAAAUGGAAUUAAAAUUUGAUAUAUCAAGAGAGGUGGAUCCAGCAUUAAAAUAAUUACUAUAUUGUAUUUUAAUUUUAUGAAUAUAGGGUCAUUAUCUGAAAUAAGAGCUGUUUAUGAAUAGUUUUAAAGAAGAACUUCACUUCCAUUUAUAGAUAAGAGUUUAUUUUGCAAAAUAGUUCCAUUUUCUCGUCCAAAUGCAGGAUAUAUAUUUGAUAAUUUUUGCAGAAAAUCAAAACUUUUAUCUAUUUAUGAACUUAUUUGUGUAUUAACAAUAUGUUCAUAUACUUAACAUAUUCAUAAAAUACAUUGUAAAAAAAUUAAUGUUAUACUAGUUUUAUAUAUUGUUUUUGAUUUAGAUUGUAAUGGAAAUAUAAGUUUAAAUGAAUUACUUAUAAUUAUUAAAUCAAUUAUAAUAGGUUAUUGUAAAUUAACAAAUGCUGAUUUGCCUCCUUAUGUAUAAUUAGAGAAAUUUGCGAAAUUAAUGUUUUUAAAAAGUGAUAUUCAAGUAGAUAAUUAAUUAGAGUUAAGCGAGUAAAAUUUAAUAUUUAUAUAUAAGAAUUAUAGAAUGGUUGGAGAAAGAAAAUGAUAUUGGAAAAGAUUUAUUUUCAUUGUAUGAACCAAAAUAAAAAGUUUAAGAGCCUUUUGAGGUUUUUAAAUCAUUUAAACCUUAUUCAGAAUAAGAAGCAGCAGACAUGUUAGAAAUGAUUACAAAAGCAAAUAAAAAUGAAUACUUUAUGAAAAGUCUAAAUGAUAAAUUAAAUCAAAGAUAUCAAGAAAGUUAUAAAGCUUCAACUAAAAGUGUUAGAUAACUCUAAAUCAGAACGAAAUAAUCAGCUUCUCAUAGUUCAUUGCCUAAGAUUUCAACAUAAACAAAGCCUUAAAUUUUGGAGGAUGAAAUUGAUGAAUUAUAAAUACUAGAAAAAGCUAUUGGAGAUCAUUCUAGAAAAAUAUAAAGAUAUGAUUCACCUGCAAUAAGAUUUAUUACUUAACGUGAUGGUACUUCUAGAAGAGUAAUUGUUCCAACUAAAAUUAUGAAGAAUAUUAUCAUUACUAAAGGUUGUACUUUAACUAGAAAUGAAAUCUUUAAAUUAAAGAGUUAUUUCGAUAGUCUUUCAGAUAAAAAUUAAGUUAUUUAAGUUAAAGAAUUCACCAAGUCUUUUUAAAACAAACCACAUAUGAAAAGAGUGACUGCAAGUUUAUAUAAUUAUUUAGAUUCUAAAUAAAAAGGUUUUGUUACUUUUGAUUAAUUAAUGUUGAAAUUAUAUCCUUCUCUUACAUAGGAAUAAUUGAAAACCAUUAAUUAAUGGAUUUAAUAAUAUAAUGAGGUUUUUGCUAAGAGUUCUAAAGAGAGUUUGGAAAUGGAAUUUCUUAGAGUUGAAAAAUAACCAACAAAAAGAAGAAGGAUACUUCCAAAAUAAAGUAUGAUUAGAGUUAAAUAAUUAUUUAAUUUGAUUGAUUAAGAAGGGAAAGGAUGUAUUUAUAUUAUUUUAUCCAUUUAGUUAUAUCAAUUGAAGAUAUGAAAAAGACUUUCACUUAUGGUUUUACAGAAAAAGAAGUUGAAAUUCUAUUUUAAUAACAUGAUAAUGAUCAUGAUGGAAAACUUUGCAUGGAUGAUUUAGUCAGAAUAAUUUUGCCUCCUGAUUAUGAAAUAGAAGAAGAAACUGAAGAAAAUUCUUGAAAUUUAUAUUUUUAAUCAAAUUAAUUUAAAACAAAUUGGCG